GAGACGACCAUCCACUGGGGGAGAGAACCAGUAGAGCAGCUUGAUCAUUGUUACUGCUUCAUAGCAUUUCCAUCCAACAACACCAACACCAGAGCCAUUUGUAGCGGCACAAAAAGUCAUUAAUCUGUCAUGCUUUCCAGGGCGGCCGCUCGCGCCCUGGCAGCGAGGAGUGUACGCACUCCCGCCGCUUUCCAAGUUGCCAAUGCGAACCAUUGGACGAGAACUUUCGCCAGCGACAGCAAGCUGCCACCAUCUUCAAAACGGUGGGCAAAUUAUAAUGCCCCGAAAGGAGCAAAACAGCCAACCUCGUCGUCGGAGCCUGUGAAGGAACCCAGCCAGCAGAAGACCCCGAUGCAAGGCGCGCCGGCUACCCCGUCAAGCUCCGCUGCUGAAAAAGCUGAGCAGCCGUCAACAACAGCACAGGAAACACCCUCUAUCAAAGACCUCCCCGACCUUACCCAAGGUAUUCCCUCAACACUCGACCACGAAACCGCCGGUUCUACCUCGGAGCAGUUUGGCUCGUCCACUCUCAACCUUACCGAAGAUCCUGCCCAGACUACAAGUGGCCGCGGCGGAAAGGGUGACGGAGAACUUCCCAAGUCCGCAUAUGUCUCUUCGGUAGAGCGCCGCCGAAUGCGCGUCGCCAACUACAUGUACGCCUCCUUUUUCCUCUUUUGCGUCACUGGAUCGAUCUACCUUGGUCGCAACUGGGAGACCGAAGAAGAGGAGAAGCAGCAUCCCGAGACGCCUUCUGGCUGGGGCCCGGCCCUCUUCUACGGACGUGCAAAGGCUCGUGUGGCUGAUAUGUUGGAUUACUACAACGAGCCAGCUUUCCCCAAGCUGCUGCCCAACACUGACCCAGCGUGGGAGCGUCCCUACACCUUGGUCCUCAGUUUGGAGGAUUUGCUUGUGCACAGCGAAUGGAGUCGGGAACAUGGCUGGCGUAUGGCGAAACGCCCCGGUGUUGACUACUUCCUUCGAUACCUCAGUCAGUAUUAUGAGCUGGUCAUCUUCACCACCGUACCCAGCAUGAUUGCCGACCCGGUCAUCCGCAAGUUGGACCCUUUCCGAAUUGUCAUGUGGCCUCUUUUCAGAGAAGCAACGCGCUACAAGAACGGAGAGUAUAUCAAGGACCUUUCCUACCUGAACCGUGACCUUUCCAAGGUCAUCCUGGUUGACACGGUUGCUGCGCACGCCAGGCUGCAGCCGGACAAUGCUAUCGUUCUUCCUAAGUGGCAGGGCAAUUCUAAUGACAAGGAACUGGUUGCGUUGAUUCCAUUCCUUGAAUACGUCGCGACCAUGGGCUUUGAUGACACACGCACAGUGCUCAAAUCCUUUGAAGGCUCUCAUAUUCCGACUGAAUUUGCCAAGCGCGAGGCUGUUGCUCGCGAAAAGUUUAUGAAGCAACUUGAGGAAGAGCGCGCUCACCGUCCCAAGAAGUCCGGUGUUGGGUUGCUCGGAAGUCUGCUCGGCAUCAAGCCUCCUGGCGGAGGACUUGAUGGCAUGGAGCCAACUCCUUCCGAAGGAUUUGAGCAGGGUAAGAUGCUUCAGGAUCAGGUGCGAGAGCGAGGCCAAAAGCAGUAUGAGUUCCUCGAACGUGAGAUUCGCUUGAAUGGUGAGAAGUGGCUCAAGGAGAUGGCCGCCGAGGAGGAGAAGGCCAAGGAUGAGCAGAUUAAGGGCAUGAAGCAAGGUUUCGUGGGCAUGUUUGGUGGUGGAGCCAAAUAAAUGCCGUUGGGGACAUGAUGAAUCUCAUCUUUUUGCUUUGUGGUCACUGAGUGGCUGUUUCUUUUCAUUAUUCUUUCCAUGGUUUUACUCAUUUCAACGCCUCUCCUAUUCCCAUUUUAUUUGCGCUUGUACACUCUCAGCAUGGCGAUUCCCGGCCCGCCCGGUUGGUCCUGUCACAUGUCUAUUACCUGCUCUCUUCCUCAAAAGGCUCUUGUAAAAUAGUAUUCAUUUGGUUAUUUGGGGGGGGUUGUCAUAUAUAUUGGACAGUUUGUUAGUGAAAAUACGCAGUAAUUUCUUCAAAUGAACAAAUAAUUAAGAUAUCUCAUGAGAAUCUCAUAAGCAUUACAGUUAGAUUGACCGUGGGGGUUUUUACGAGUCGGCAAAAUGCGGU